AUGCUGAAGGGUAGGAGCUUGUGGCAACUUCCUAUCCCUAAGACUUGUUCUUGGAGCUGGAAAAAGCUUCUACAGCUUAGGGAUGUUGCCAAGACUUUCUUCCGGUUUCAAGUUGGUGAUGGGAGCAAAAUUUUCCUUUGGCAUGAUCAUUGGCACCCUGCUGGAUAUUUGUGUGAUCAUUUUGGAUUUAGGGUGAUUUAUGAUUCAGGUUUCCAUACAAAUGUUAAGCUCUCCUCCAUUAUUUUUAAUGGAGACUGGUUUUGGCAGGGGGUUAGAUCAGAGGCUUUGGUGGAAAUUCAAAGCAAACUUCCAGGGAUUCAGAUUGGGGGUGAAGAUACUCCCCUUUGGUUAUCAAAGAAGGGAACAUUUUCUUGUGCUGAAACUUGGGAUAGGAUGAGGAAAAAGCUCCUGGAAGUUUCUUGGUGGAAGUUGGUGUGGUUUUCCUUAGCCAUUCCAAAGCAUUCAUUUCUUUGUUAG